AUGAGUGUAUAAGAAUUCAUAGCUAAAAAGAAGUUGUUAGAUGAAGCAUGGAGAUUUUCAAGAAUGUUGCAUAAUUAUUUUAAGUUGCUACUGCUAACAGUUCUAAAGAAAACUAUAGCGAUUGUUUUUUAUAGCUAAAGAUCAAGUCAAUUGAAAAAAUUUGAUUGA